UCUGGGGUGCCAGGCACCCAGCAGCACCCGAGUGAGGUGGCUGCCGGUGCUGCGGCGGCGGUGCGACAUCGCCGGCAAGCGGCUGUCCGGGAGAGGCCUGGCCGCCGAGGGACGCGUCCUGCGGGCCGUGCUCUACGUCUACCACAGCAGGCUGCUCCGGCACCGGUCCUACCUGGCCCUGCAGCAGGUAGAACAAUGCUUGAAGCGCCUAUGGAAAAUGAACUUGUUGGGCUGCAUUGAAACUCUGGCAGAACUGAUUCCCAAGAAAAAUACAUCCCAAGCCCAUGCAGAGUGCUUAGUUCCCAGCCAGCCUAUGCUGGAAACAGUGGCUCUGAAGGUAUUGGGAGGUUGCAAGCUCAUACUACGUCUGCUGGACUGUUGCUGUAAAGCUUUUCUCUUGUCUGUUAAACACCUCUGCUCGGAAGAAUUCAUACUUUUGAACACUGUGGCUUCGGGGUUGUUGAGCCGGCUAUGGAUUCAGUACAGGUGUGUAUUGCAGAGCCUCAUGUCCUUGUAUGGCAUAUUGUCGACAUCACUUCAUCUGGUAUCUGAGACCCAACAGAUGCCUUAUAUCAAGGAGUUUACCUUUCCUUCUGAUAUCAGUAACUUCCUUGGAGUUAACGUUUCUUCUGAGGUGAGGAAGCAAAAGGCUAGAAUGCUUACAACAAAAAAACCUACCAGCUGGCUGAAGAUCUUCCCAACAAUGCCGGAGGCAGUGUCAGAGGUUGGGAAAAAGAGAAAUUUUGUGACCUGCGUGAAUGCUGUGAAAAACUGUAGCAUCCCAUGCCCCGCGGACAUCGGAGAGCCAGUUAUGGUGACCAGAGCCAGCAGAGGGAAGCGGCUGGGGUUUGAUGUGAAGAGCUUACUUAGACCAUCCAGACCUCCAGCACAAGAGGGUAUAAGCAUUGCAUCAACACCUUUUAAAGCAAAGGCAGCAUCACUUUCCUCUCGUAUAGCAAAAUCGCAGCAUACUGGAUCUCUUGUACAGAUGGUCCAAACAGCUACUUCGUUUGGGGAACUGUCAGAGGCACUCAGAAAAGCUAUUCUGUGGUGCAAAGGCAACAAAUUCAAAUCAGAAGCUUAUUUUCUGCGUAACAAGUUGUUGAAAAGCAACCGGCUGCACCACGUGGAGGCUCAAGGAUGCAGCUUGAAGAAAAAACUGUGCUGUGUCAAAACAUCUGUCCGUAAAUACCUCCUAUAUGGGUCACAAAAUACACACUGGCCAAAGCAGUACCUUGGGGCACGGUUCUGUCGAAGGAGGAUCAAAUCAUCCACGCGCUUGAAGAGAACUCUGAAGACUGUUCGGCAAAAACCUUCUGAGCUUUUUGGGGUCUGUGAGAACAGUGCAUCACUCGUCCUCCCAGCUUACCAGGAGGGGCCUCUGAGUCAAGAAGGACAUUCCAAUGCUGAUACAGGCUGUGUCAAACUAAGCACAGCAGGGACCCCUAAGCAGCGGCUGCUGCUGGAAGGAAGCCCUGGCCCGGUGUGGGAAGAAGCUACUGAGAACAUAGAUAUUGAUUCUAUUUUUGCAGCGAUGGGUGUCUGACCCUGGACUUGCAAAGAGGAAAGGGGUCAAGUCAUUCCAAUUUUUUUUUUUUUUUAAGUAAAACCCUCAGAACCCUAAUGGUGUCUUGCUAACUCACACUCUGAAUUCUGCUAAGAAAGUAGCAACUAUUUUAUUAUGUUUUUGUAAAACAGCUUUUUUUUUUUUUAUGGAAGGUGUUCUAAACAGCUGAAUAGUCUUCACCCUUUUACUUAGCCUUGUCCGGGAACAGUGACUUUGAGUUACCCUUACUCAGUGUCACUUCUCUAAUGGCAGAAGGCUGCAGCUGAUCGCUUAUUGCUGCUUAGGACAAAAGACUUGCUGCCACUUUUCCAAGGAAGCAGUCUUACACCCUUCUUUUUGUGCUGCUUGUAUAGGGGACAGCCUUGACUUGCAGUAUUAUUGCUGUUCAGCAUUUGUUGUCUUUGUCCUGAUAUGAGUUAACUGAACCUACUGCCUCUGAGCUGCUCUAGAAAUAGGGGAAAGCACAGCUGUGCCCUGCAACAGUAAACUCCUGACUGGUGAACAUGUUUCUCACUGUCCUAAUAUCUUUUUAACGUAAGUGCAAUUUCUGCCUGCUUGGCAAUGUAAGGCACAGCUACUCCAACAUGCAUUAAUGAAAUAAUGUUAGAACAAGCAAUGGGGUUAGUGAUUUCUGCCAGGCUCUUGCUUGUAACUAAGUCCUAAGAUCAGGAUCACCAGGAAAUACUAAGAAAAAAUUGUCUCAGUAUCAAGAACAGUUAUCUGCUUUAUUGUAGAGGGCCUGCCUAACAGGGGUAGGGAAAGGCUGUAAGUGCAAGUAAAUCUGGAAUAGGUUAACUUCAGUUUCCCAGGCUUAAU